UAGUUUCCAGUGCAGUUGAUAUAAUUGUGUUUCUAAUGAUGCUAUUAAAUUAAACAUAUUGUUGAUAUUUUAUUACGUACUCGCAAACGGUUGACUAACGUCAUUGUGUGGAAUGUAUUACAUCUGCAUACGAAACAGUAUGAACUGAUACAAAGCGAACUAUUCUUGUACGCUAGGAAUAAGAAAGAUGUAACGAUCAGUGGAGAAAAUUCAAUAAAUAGCUUUCGUGUAAAUGUGACGAUUUGGCCAAAAAUUCCAGAGAAGCUGUCUGUUAUGAAUGUCGUGAUUUUUCCAAGGUAUAUAUUCGACUCGACAGAGAUCAGCUGUUCACCUACGGUGAAGCGUAUUUCAGUCUAUUUUCAACCGUGCCCUGGGAGGCUGGAAGUUCUUCUUGACAUAACGCGCAAUAUUGCAUUUGAGGAAGCGGUAUGGCGCCAACGGACGUUCCACGCGUGUUUUUGGAUAAAGAAAACAGUAUCCCAAUGAUCGGACUGGGUACCUGGAGGUCUCCUCCUGGUCAGGUCAGGCAAGCCGUUCAGGAUGCGAUCGAUAUAGGUUAUCGGCACAUUGACUGCGCUCACAUUUACCGGAAUGAGCACGAAGUUGGAGAUGCAAUCACGGCAAAGAUUAAGGAAGGUGUGAUUAAAAGGGAGGAUUUGUUCGUCACCAGCAAACUAUGGAACACCUUCCAUCGGCCGGACCUGGUCGAAGGAGCUGUGCGUACGUCACUAACGAACCUUAAGCUGGACUAUUUGGAUCUCUAUCUGAUUCACUGGCCGGUAGCCUACAAGGAGGGUGAUGAGCUUGCUCCGCUCAGUCCUGACGGUAAAACCUGUAUCUUUUCCGAUGUAGAUUACGUGGAUACGUGGAAGGCGAUGGAAAAGCUGGUUGAUGCUCGGCUUGUCAAAAACAUUGGUCUAUCGAAUUUUAACUCGAAACAGAUUCGGCGGGUGCUUGACGCAGCUCGUAUCAAACCGGUCACCAACCAGAUCGAGAACCAUCCUUAUUUGCAUCAGUCUAAACUGACGAAAUUUUGUGCUGAAAAUAAGAUUCUUGUCACCGCGUAUAGUCCUCUGGGCUCUCCGGCAAGACCGUGGGUGAAGGAAGGUGACAUUGUUCUGUUGGAGGAUAAAAAAUUGAAGGCGAUCGCCAGAAAGCAUGGAAAAGAACCGGCGCAGGUGCUGAUCCGCUAUCAGCUUGAACGCGGCCAUGUGGUAGUUCCAAAGUCAGUGACUAAAGCACGGAUCGCUUCCAACUUUGACGUGUUCCGUUUCCGGUUGGACAAAGCCGAUAUGGAGCAGUUGGCCUCUCUAGAACGGAAUGAACGUAUCAAUCCAGAGUUUAGAGCUCGCGGUCAUCCACAUCAUCCGUUCGAAAACAAUGACGAAUAGCAUUAUAUGGUCAAGGGCAAUUUACCAUUUUGCGCAGGUAGUUUUCGCUUGCUUAGUUGAUACAGCUGGGAAAAAUAAUCUUACUUUCAAUUUUUCAAAUCCAAGUCCAGUUAUGAAUUAAAUUUCCAGUGUAGUUUCAACCCUAAUUUAAACUUUAUUUCAAGUCCAAAUUCGUGGGGGUUAAUCCCGGCGUCACGCCGAGAACCCGGGUUCAAAUCCCAACCCCGCAGAAGUCACAAAUGACCUAAGCUGUUAAAGUGACUAUAAUCAAACAAAAAAAAAGGUUCAAAUUCAAUUUUCUUACUUCACCCCCAAUUUCAAUACUGAUAUUCAAGUCCAAUUUUAAGUCUAGUUUUAAGU